AUGAGUAAUUGCCAAGAGGCAUCGUCGGAGCAAACUACAAACGGUACUUCCUCUUGUAAGCCCCCUGAUAUCAACGAUUUUGUGAUUAUUAAGCCCAUAAGUCGAGGUGCCUUUGGCAAAGUGUUCCUGGGUACUAAGAAAACCAACACUGAAACAAUGUAUGCAAUUAAAGUAAUGAAAAAAACAGAAAUGAUCAACAAAAAUAUGGUUACGCAUGUUGUCAACGAAAGAAACGCUCUGGCCCUUGCCAAAAGCCCGUUUUGUGUUCAGUUGUACUAUUCCUUGCAGACUGUCUCUAGUGUCUAUUUGGUUCUGGAAUAUAUGGUAGGAGGUGACUUGAAAUCCCUUUUAAGUGUUUACGGGUUCUUUGAUGAACCAAUGGCUACAUUUUAUGUAGCAGAAGUUGCCCUAGCCCUACAAUAUUUACAUAAGCAUAGCAUUAUUCACAGAGAUAUUAAGCCAGAUAACAUGCUAUUGUCCAAAGAUGGUCAUGUUAAACUAACAGAUUUUGGCUUGUCCAGAGUUCAAAUACAUAGAGAUUUAGAAAUAACCGAUUUUGAAAAUAACACUAAUUUACACACUCGUACUCCUGGUCAGGUGCUUAGUUUGACUUCGCAUUUAAGCUUUGGGUCUGGAAAUUCAAAGUGCUUCAGUCAUGUGAAUGCUUCUAUAAGCAACUGUGGGGAAAUUUCUGCAUCAAGAAAUGAUUCCUCAACUGUUGGCAAAGAUGGAAAUAUAUCUGGUGUAAAUUUUUUUUCUGCUGAGCAACUUACUCCACUAAAAUCCAUUGAUAAUACUGAGUGUUCUUCAUAUCUCACAUGUGGUUCAAGCUCUCAAGCAUCCUCAUUAAAAAUAGAUGAAACUGAUCACGUUAAUAAUAGUGAAAAUAAUACAUCUCCUAUUAGCCGUAAAAUACCUAGUCGGUUGGGAAUGUAUUACAAAGGGCGAGAAACUGAAAGAAAGCGAAAAAACAGAAGUUUUAGUCCAAAUAAAACUAGCAAAACUUAUGUAAGAACUGGAUUAACUGGAGAAAUGGAGGCUCUAAGAGUUGUUAAUCAAUUGAUUUCUACAACUCCUCCCAGAGGUAAUUUAUUAGUAGUGUUUGAUUUGUUUAAUACAUUUUUGGUUUUAGGUGUCACAUUUUCAACUCCUGUCUCAAGUCAAAAAUCUUGCAAGAAAAAAUCUACAAGAUUUGAAAUUCCCAAAUCAACUCCUGACAAAUUAGAACAGCCUGUGGAACCUUCCAGUCAUGUCAGCCCCAUUGAAAAUGUCACCCCCAAAACACCAAGAACCCCUUACAGAACUCCAAAGUCUGUGAAAAGAGGCCAAUGGAGUUCUGAUCAACGAAUAUUAGGCACACCUGAUUAUUUAGCUCCAGAACUGCUUUUGAAAAAAGGUCACAACCAUUCAGUGGAUUGGUGGGCUUUAGGUGUAUGUUUUUAUGAAUUUGUCACAGGAAUUCCACCUUAUAACGAUGACACACCUCAGCAAGUUUUUAGGAAUAUUUUGGAAAAUAAUAUUGAAUGGCCAACCGAGGACGAAGCACUUUCUCCAUGCAUUGUAGAUGCUAUAUUGGCUCUAUUAAAUCAUGAUCCUGAAGAAAGACCCACAGCAUUUGAAGUAAUGCAAAUGGAGGCGUUUAAACACAUUGAUUGGUCGAAUUUGUUAAAUAUGACUCCGCCUUUUGUACCAGAUCCGUGUGAUUUAACUGAUACUGCCUAUUUUCAAGCUCGAAAUGAUCUACUUAAGUUUAAUUUGUCUAGUUUUGAUGAAGGACUUAGUUAG